AUGGAGUCCCACGCACCGCAAUACCAACCGUCGCAGGACACAUUGGUGCCUACUACCGAAUAUGCGCCUCCUGAAACGCCCAAGCUGCGCUCCCCAUCGCCUGCUGAGUCGGCCGCGGCCUUGAGCAUGUCAAAACUCGCGUCCCCAGACCGUGUCAAGUUCAUCUCCCCCGCACCUCGAACAACUUCCUCCAUGACACCUCCACCGUCUUCGCAGAUCCCAGGCAUACGCGCUGCAAUGCGGACGCCUACUCCCCCCACCCCACAGCUUACUUCUCCGCCGCCUACCAGUAAGCUGCCAGACCAGCCGUCUGCCUUGACAGACAUGGGAGCAGGCUUGUACCCGCAGGAUCAGGUCAAUGCUGCUUCCGCUGAGGAACUGCGGUCCAUGGUCAACAGUCUGUCCAAUGCAUUACGCGACAUGCGGCUUUCAGCAGCCCACUACAAGCUACAGUACAACAUGGCUGUAAUGGAGAGCCAGGAGGCCGCAAGCCGCAUGGCUGUUGAGCUAGCCAUGACCCACCGAGAAUUAGACGUCCUCCAGCAAGCCGAAGAGAAGCGCAAAAACACUAUUGCAGUCCCUGAACAGAACUACCAGGAGUCGGCACAUGCAGCCAAUGCCAUGUUACUCUCUGACAUGAGUCGCCAGAACCAAAUGUUGCAGAGCGAAAACGAGGAGCUUCGCGAUAUGCUUGAACAGCAGAAACGCCUGACGGAGCACCGAGAAGGCGAGCUUGCUAGCGUCUUGGACGAGAACGACCGGCUCAAGACACGCAUUCGCAAGAACCGCGAUCAUAUUGCUCCCCUUCUUGAGCAAAUCGAGCAAUCCUCGCCGCGAUCCAACUUUGGAACCCCCCUCCAACCUACUCCCAGAACUCGCGUUGGUCGUGUUCCAGCCCCUCUUUCUCAAGACAGCAGAAGUCAAAACAACUUUGAAGCUCUUCUGCUAGCCGACAAGAUGCUGAGCCAAGAGGUUGCCACUGCUCCUUCGACCCCGAACAGGAUACACGCACCCAAGUCACGCUUUGGUCAUCAGCGAGGCGCACAGUCCUUGUCAUCAAUACCUCAGACGCCCAACCGUCGAGUUGCCUACCCACGUACCCAGGUACCUCGCACACCACCAGCGUUUGUGCCAACCAGCAUACCUCAAUCAGCACCCCCAGCGCAUUACCAGCAUCAGCAGAAGCCCUCGAACACCAGACGCCAAAGCAGCAACUCGACCAUCACGGCGUCUAGCAUUGAUGAUGAGGAAGCUUUCACUGACAGAGAGGAAGAUGAAGUGCCUGAAUCCCAAGCCAGCCAAAUGGCAAGAAAUCUCCUUCAAAGACCGCCCCCAACAAAGGGCAUGAUGUCUGCCCCAGCACCACAAUCGAAUCUAAUUCAAAGCAAAAUCUUCGGACAAGUCAAGAAAGGCCAUGGCCUCAGCCGCGCUGGCGAGUUGAAGCGAGGGCGCGUAGCGUCUACCACCGACCUUCAAACAAGUCCACCAAAGCGCGGACGCGUUGAUCAAGGAGUAGGUCUCGGCAUUGGCGGCUUAUUGCGCGAAUAGAACCGUUCCUGACCGUUUUGGCAGGGAGCUUUUUAGUUACGAAUUAUUAUGAUUAUGGAAACGACGGGUGCAACUUGGCUUGCAGCUUGCUUGUUUGUUUUUUGCAAUUGGUUUCUUUUGGAAACUACGGUUUGGAUACCCUUCUGGCAUGCUGUUUGAAUCUACAGCGAAACUGACUUUAUGCUUUACCCGCUAUGAUGCAUGGGCCUUUUAUUGGAUAUGAUGGAUUGUCAUAGAGGGCAUGUGGGGGGAUAUCUAUUUAGCUAGCGACCUUGCUUCAAUGUAUAACAUGAUCCAUGGG